AUGCUCACCAACAAGACGCGCACCGCUCUUGCUGCCGCCUCGAAGCGGCCAUACAUAUGUCAGACGUGUCUGCAUCGAGCUGGGCCGUCCCAAUUGAAUGAGGCGCGCUUUCCCUUCCGCAUCUCAAAUCGAUUCCUGCAGACAGAAAGCCCCUCAGCAGUCCAAAACGAUGGCACCGCGUUUCGCAAACAGCUCAAGGAUGCCGCCAAACAACAGAAGAUGAAACGAGAGCCUGGCUCUGGGAAGAAACCGCAAAAGGGCGGCAAUGCAAAGCUGGAGAAAUGGGAACUCACCGUCGGCAUUGAGAUACACGCCGAACUGAACACGGCUAGGAAGCUCUUCUCGAGCGCUGCCACUUCAGUCAGCGAGACGCCAAACUCGCACGUGGCCCUGUUCGAUGUGGCCUUUCCUGGUAGCCAGCCCCAAUUUCAGACAGAAACGCUGAUGCCGGCCAUCCGCGGCGCCCUCGCCCUCAAUUGCUCGAUCCAACACAAGAGCAGCUUCGACCGCAAGCACUACUUCUACCAGGACCAACCCGCGGGAUAUCAGAUCACCCAGUACUACGAGCCCUUCGCCCGCGAUGGCCAUGUCGUCCUCUACCAUCACGACUUCCCUGCCGGCACUGCGCCCGCGAACUGUCCCAUCACCAUUGGCAUCAAGCAGGUGCAGAUGGAGCAAGACACAGCUAAGACAGUGCAGCAGCCCCCCUCGACCCACCUGCUCGACUUCAACCGCGUCUCCCACCCCCUAAUCGAGAUCAUCACCCUCCCUCAGAUACAUGAUCCUACGGUUGCCGCUGCCUGCGUCCGUAAAAUACAAAUUAUACUCAAGACAGUGAAUGCUUGCACUACUGGCAUGGAGCUCGGUGGUCUGCGCGCUGAUGUCAACGUCUCUGUACGUGAGCGCAGUGGGCAGUCGGAAAGCAGCCACUCGUAUCAUGGUGUGACUGGCCUAGGGCAGCGGACAGAGAUCAAGAACCUGGCCAGUGUGAAAGCGGUGGAAGAGGCCAUCAUCGCCGAGCGAGACCGCCAAAUCGACUUGCUUGAGAGCGGCGGCGCUGUUGAAGGCGAAACGCGCGGAUGGACAUUGGGGAGUACGACGACCAGACGCCUCAGAGGCAAAGAGGGCGAGAUUGAUUACCGUUACAUGCCCGACCCAGAUAUUCCCCCGGUCAUCGUUGCACCAGAAGUUACCCAAUUGCUUCAUGAAUCCCUCCCCAGUCUUCCCGACGAGACGAUAGACAGCCUGGUCCAGAUCUACGGCCUCUCCUCGAAGGAUGCAGGCACCCUCAUCUCUCUCGAUGAUGGUGACCGUUUGGAAUACUUCUUCAAUGUCAUCGGUCCCCUUGCACAGUCAUCUGGAACAGUGAAUGAUGCUGACAAAAUUACCCGUCAUGGCAAAAUAGCUGGGAACUGGGUAUUGAUGGAGCUCGGAAGCCUCUUCAAAGACACCGAGUGGGACGCGUUGCGUGUGGCCCCCAGUCAACUCAUCGCUAUUAUACGCGCACUGCAAUCCAAGCAAAUCACCUCCCGCUCCGCUAAAGCUCUUCUUGCCAGAAAAUUUGACGGCGACGACCGGGAUGUUGAGCAGAUCAUCGUAGAUGAGGAUAUGGUCCUGAAACCCUUGUCUAGGACCGAGUACGAAAGUCUUGCACAAACUUUACUGGACGAGAAACCAGAUAUGGUCAGGGAUAUUGUGGAGAAGGGCCAGAGCAAAAAGGUCAAGUGGUUUGUUGGUCAAAUGAUGGCGAGGGGUGCGGAGGGGAGUGUGGAACCCGAUACAGCGGAAGCGGUUCUGGUGGAGUUGCUCGAGAGGAGAUAG